UACGAAUAUAAGUCCCCCCCCUCCCCAUCACCUCUUUCAACACUCAAAGGUUCUACACAAUCGACAUUCUCAGGUCAUGAACAGCUCUCUCCUACACAUACUAGGUCCAGAAUGGAGGAUGCAGAUGUGAAGCAGUUGAUAUCUCUCAUUGAGUCCGCUCAGUUACAGUAUGAAGUGGAUGAGACCGGUGCGGUCUCUAUUGUGUAUGACCCUGUUCAGCUUGUGGGAUCAUCAGAGGAGAUUGGUGGCACUGUCCUAACAGCCAAUGAAGUUAGCAGCACUGCAGGCAUCCUUACUCAGAAUUUGGAGGCAACUUUAGUCAGUGAGCAAGAUGGAAAAGAAGUUACGGACAUCAUCGGCAUCUCUUCUGCGGUGAAGAGUGAAGAGAGCUCGGGGGCAGACGAAGAUAACAACUCUGAGAAGGUUGAUGAUGAGAAGAAUGACCUCACACUUGAGGAAGUGGGAACAUGUCAGGAAGAAGGCAGUCAACAAGAGGCUGGACCUCAGUUGCAACUGUCGUCCUCCGGACACUAUUUUAUCCGCACUCCAGAUGGACAAAUCAUUCAGGUGCUUGGACCCUUAGAUGAAGGUGUCGAUGAAGGUCCUGUUCUGGAGGAGGUUCAAACUGGGGAAGGCGUUGGCAGCGAAACCCAGAGUCCAGUCGAAGGAAACGAUGGUGAAGUACAGAUUUUUGUUGUUGGCGGCGACAGUAAUGAAGACGUUUACCUCAUUAAUGCUCCGGACAGAAACAUCAAUGGGGAUGGCACAAGGAGUCCAGUCUCACUUUCAUCGGUAGUAUUGAAGAGCAGCUCCCUCUUGGAGGCUACCCAGGAACCUACUGAGAUAAGUGAACAGACUUGCUUGGUUCCUUCAGUUUCUUCCUCUGAUAUUGUUAAGUCGAGCAGCAGCCAUGAGGAGGAGGAUACCUUAACUCUGUGCCAACAAGAGGACAACACAUGUCUUGAUAAUCUUCUGAAAGACCCUGAUAAGAUAGUUCUUCUGGAGGCAGCAAAAGGCACAACCAAAUAUGUUCCAAUGUCCGACACCGUACCACUAUCAUCGUCAACCAAAGCCCUACCCAAGAAUAAACAUUACAUACGCUUAAAUCCUAAGACUAAACCAAAAACAAAAAUACCUGUUAAAACACAAAUACAUCCUGCCAGACCUCUCGGGGAGGGGGCCAUUGUCCAGACCGACAGAGGGGCGAUGGUUGCCCAUAAUUUAUCCUCUGUUGUGCAGGUCAAGCCGUCAAUACCAAAAGGCCAGAAGAAGACGACCAUGCAGUAUAUUGCUUCCAGAUUUGGAGCUGUGGUGAAAGUCUUACGGCCUGUAGAUGAAAAGAAGGAAUCUGAAGUAAGCACCAUUGAUGAAAGAUUAGCUGUGUGGACUUGCGAAGAAUGUGGUGCAUUCCUUCACUCAAAAAGAUCACUUGAAAACCACCGCCGUCGAUACCACAAAGAAUGGAACGAAGAGUGCUUUGUGUGUGGGGCGAAAUUCUUGAAUAUGCAGUACUUACGAUCGCACAUACAGGAAGCUCAUGGCAAGGAGGAGUCAUUUCAAUGUCGCCUGUGUUCGUAUAAGUGCACCGUCUUGAGGGAAUUUCUGAGACAUCGCAAGGUUCACGACAAGUCUAAAAUCUGUGAUAAAUGCGGGAAGAAGUACAUCGCGUCUAGGAACUUCAGAGAACACGUGCAGAGUUGCAAAGUGAAAAGGAAAGUUGAAUCUAAGAGAAAGUCUAAUUGUCUGUCUAGUUCAGUGAAUGAGAGGGAGCCCGAUAAAGAAAAGGGUAAGUGGCCAGACGUGGACGAUGAUAACGAUAUGGAUUACAGAAAACGAAGAAGGAAAAUAAGAAAGAUUGAUAACAGCACAGGGCUUGGUGACAAGAUGGAAGACGGUGGCAGUACCUCAUUGAACACAAUCCAUAACAGAAAGAAGUCCACCAGGAAUGCUGUAGACGAAUUAAACCUAAAAAAUGAUGGUGAAUUUAAAAUCAAAUCCAAGCAUUAUUGUAACCAGAUACAGAAAAUAACCACAGAACAAAAUUUACAGAGAAUGAACAGACAAGGCCGGGACAGAACCCACCGCUGUUACUUGUGCUUUAAGUUGUUCUCGACUGCGGCCGACCUCGAUGCCCACAAGGAGGGUUACCACUUGGCCAAAUCCGACCGACCGGUUAGAGUGAAAACCGAUUCAACUCUGGAUGAGGAGGACAUCGUUGACUCGGCCUUCACUGUCAACGAUGAUUCGGUCUUGGAUGGAACAUGUGAAGGGGUUCAGGUCAAGCAAGAGCCCAUGGGCAUGGGAGAGGAGUUCGACAAUAUUACAAUUGUUGUGGACGAAUCCAUGAACUCGCCUUAUAUAAUCAAGCCUCUGUGUAUAGCAUGUAAAGCCCCUACAAAUGUAGACUUCAGGCAAACCUCCAAAUGGUUUAACAAAAUACCUGAUGGAGAUCAGUCAGAGGCUUUGCAAAAGUUCCAACAAUUCUUCCCAUGUGUCAUUGAUCCCAAGGCAUUAAUAGAACCUUGGGUGUUGUGUAAAAAAUGUGUUCUACUUAUAGACAAAAUAGCAGAUAUGGAAGAUAAGUUAAAAUCAAUGAAAUGUGAUUUAAUGUCUAGAUUUAAGGGACAGUCAGACAAUGAGUGCGAUGUCGAAGAUGAACUUAAUGUCAACCAGAAUAUUAAUCCCUCGAAAGUACAUCCUCCCGAAGGUGGUACUGGCGGGGGAGUACCAGUUAUGAAUAAAUUUGAAAUGGCCGAAGAUAUUGGGAAAAGUCUGGCAGAUAUAGAAGCAUACAUGAAGGAAACUUGUGAGAUAAUGGAGAUCACAAAGCCACAGAAGAGACCUGGCAGACCAAGAAAACAGGAAAAGGAAAAACUAACCCCAGUUCUCGUUAGUGAUGAUGAUGAUGAGAAAUCCUGCAUGUUAGAUAUGGUCAAAUACUUAUCAAAGGGCAUUGUUAAGACGGAAAAAGACACUGUUAUUAUUGACAAUUGUGAUAAUAAUGAUUUGGACAGUAUGGUUAUUACGGGCGAUGUCAAAGAAGUGUAUUCAAACAACGUGGAAGUAGGUGAAGAGUCCAUUGAGAUACAGAAACAGACUCACAUUAAAGAGGAACCUUUGGAAAAUAGUCUAGAGAGUGUAAUACUUAAUCCUGAGUCUUUGUCGUGGAAUGAGAUGACGAACCAUUCCCUCGUUUCACUGACUUCAUUACAGGAAGAAGACCAGUUUCUCGUGAAAAAUACAGAUCUGAGACAAGGAGAUGAAUUAACUCAAGAAUCAGAGACAUUUUCAGCAGAGGUAAUGGUGGAGAAACCUGACGAGACAAGUGACAGCACACAUGAUGAAGACCCACUGAAAUGUCAGACACAAUUUUUACAAGACUAUGACCCCGAGGCAGAUAGUAUGUGUGAGGUUAAUGACAUCGUGACCACUAAACGCUCUCCUACACCCUCUUGUAGCGCAGUGCAAAUGAUGUCUGUAGAUGGCGAGGAAACUAUUCUGGUGCAAGAUGGCUUGAUGGAGGUGGAGGAGAAAUGUGAUAUGCCGCUGGUGUUUGAGAGUAAAGAUGAAAAUAACAAGUUCUUGAUGGAAAAUCAGCAAGAAAAACAUAAAGAGAAAGUAUUGUCAAAAUUCAUACCAGUAGAUGGUUUAGAAGAAGGUGCUGUUAAUACUGAUAAGCAGAAGAAACAAGACACUACCACAGAAGAUGGGUGCACGGACACUCACAAACUCCUCACACAGAAGCACAAAGUUUUGGGUAAGAAACGUUCACAGUUACGAGAAGAACGGGAGAAGAUGUGUUUCAGGAGGGACGAGGACACAAACAAGCCUUGGAUCUGUAGUGAGUGUAAUAAAGGCUUUUCCAGUCAGAGAGGAGCGUGUGAUCAUUACGCUGCGUCACAUAAAGGACAAAGCUUCUCUUGUGAACAUUGCACGGCCUCAUAUGUGCGAAAGAGGGAUCUCAUCGGUCAUUAUAAUAAGGUGCACUUAAACAUCAAGCCAUACAAGUGCAAGGUGCUUGAUUGUGUAGAGAACUUCAGCUCUCAUGGUGACCUGUAUCGUCACUUGCAGUCUGUACACAGCAUCAGAAAAGCCGAUACCACCCCCUUCUCUUGUCACCUGUGCUGUGCCACCUUUGCCAAGAAGCGUUAUCGUGAUGCCCACAUUCCUAUCUGUGUCAAUAAAGGCAGUAAUAGUGUACCCCAUAAGUGUCCACUCUGUGAGAAAACGUUCAAGUUAUCAAACUAUCUCCAGAUACACAUGAGAACUAUACACAGCUGGAAAACUGAACAAUUCUUCUGUGAAAUUUGUAAUAAGUUGCUUACAGACAAAAGGAAUCUUAUUUUACACAUGAAAAGUCACAUGGGUGAAACAAAGACAUCGUGCGGAGUGUGCGGCAAACAGUUCAACCGCAAGUCGUACCUGUGGACUCACAUGCGCGUACACACCAACCAACGACCUUAUGGGUGCAACUUCUGUCCAAAGUGGUUCAAACAAUACAGUACCUGGAAAAACCACGAAAGAACUCACACGGGGGAAAAGCCUUACAAGUGUUCUAUAUGUAAAGCCAGUUUCUCCACAAGUUCCUCAGUGGCGAAACACGUACAAUAUGCCCACUAUAAUAUAAGGGACUACUCCUGUGAUAUAUGCAAUAAGACAUUCAUCAGUCGGCCAAAAUUGGUCGAGCACACCAAAGUACACACUGGGGAGAAACCGUACGAGUGCCACAUAUGUAAACGGGCAUUCAACAAGAAGAACAACCUGCGCACCCAUAUGUACGUACACUCUACAAAUAAGAGGUACAAAUGCGAGUUAUGUGGCGAAGGUUUCAUGAGAAGAGCAGCCAUUGAGAACCACAUAAUGGAUUGCCACGAAUUGGAAUUCCUACUGAGUUCUGGCUCUGUGAGUACAAACGCUGAGAAAGACGGAGAUGGAGGAGAAAGAAGAACCGUCUCCAUCUCCACCACACCAUUCAUAUCGAUAGUUGGGACGGAGGACAUAACCACCGAGGACAGUUACAUUGUUAUAUACGCAGAUGAGGACGAGGAACUUGAUAACUCCGCGGAAAUGCAGGUCACCGUGCUGGCUGAGGAUGGCACGUCUAGUCAGGUGGGACUCACAAGCAAACACAUAGCACAGACGGUAGGAUGCAGCGAAGUAAUUACCUCGGUGGAAUCCACACCAGACAUCCUACCGGAAGUAAUCCUCGAAGACGGCCCAUCAGGCAAGAGAUCGGAAGCCAUCACGACCCUGAUUUCAGAAGAUGUCGUCUCUUCAAUCACGAUGCAAGAAAAUAGCGACUCCAAUAUUACUCAAGUGAUGGAGAUUGACUCGGCUCAUUUCAGAUUAGUGACUACAGAAGAUGCCACUGAACCUAUAUAUACAUGAAAAAGUACAGCACUACCAGCAUGUCUCGAACCAGAACUUGAGAUUGUGAUAUACAGUUGGAUAAAUCUUGCUGUACAUUAUGUGUGGGUUGAUAUAUGUUUGAAGUUUAUAUUCUGUUAGCAUUCCCAAGAGUGAAGCAGUUGGGCCAUACAUUACUUUCAUUUACUGUUGAUAUUUUAUAGCUGAUGCCAAAAAUAAAAUGUAAAAUACA